GCAUUACACACACACACACACACGGGGUGAGACCUGGGAAUAAAGCUUGACCGGGAGGAGAGACCUAUCCGGAGCGACCAAUAACAAAGCAAAAAAGCCAAAAUCAGAAUAUAAGAAGAGAACGAGGGGAGAGGAAAAGGCACCUGGGCUCACGGCUCACCUAUACCUGGCUCUUCUUAUAGCAAGCCUCCAGUCUUUUGGGGGGUUUUAUGAAGGAGAGUGUGUGUCCCUGCAGUAGAUCAUUAAGAAGUGCUCUUCAAUAUGAAUACAGAUAGCGGAGGAUGCGCUCGCAAAAGCUCGUCCUUGUCACUCACGCUCUCUCCCAUGAAGAGGGUCCAGAGCUCGCCAAAUCUAGGCUCAGGGAGUGAAUCUCACUCAUCAGACUUGGAUAAUUGGCGGUCACGCAGCGCAACAGAUGGCUUCAACAACGGAGACGCCAGCAGCUCAUCUCUUGCUGCCAAAGGCUUCCGCAGCGUCAGACCCAACCUGCAGGACAAAAGGUCCCCAACACAGGAUAUCAAUCAUAUGCCAUUGCCACCCCCCAGAAGAGAGAGUUUCACUUCUCACCCACGGCCGCUAAUCUACUCGACUACAGCUCCCUCGUUGCCCUGGCUAAUGAUUUCCCCUGGGACGCUAACAUUCACGCAGAAUGAGAAGGCCGUUUUGAAAGAGUCCUACACUGCCAGUAGCACGUCCUCUUACUCUCACUCGGGGAGCAAUGCACGCUCCGUCCACCAGGCACAGCGGUCCACGCUCCCGGACGACGUCGGCAGCCGUCGUGCUUCCGCCGCCACUAAUUCACAGGCCCAGGGGCGUAAGGUGUCUUCCCUCAACCAACCCGGUCACCAUCGACCCCCGGCUCACCGCAACUCCCCCCGCCGUGACCCCCGACCUGAGUCCCAGAACACAGGUCCACAAAGGGGCGCUCAGACCUCCGUCCGCUCGGGCCCGGAGGAUCUCAAACGUCCAGAGCGUCGGCCUUCGAACAGCCCAGCGGAGCUCGAGUCCCCGGAUCGAGCCCCGAAUCGGACCCCGUGCCCAGCUGCAGCCCGGGUGGAGCCGUCCACAGAGUUCGAACUAACAGACCCUCUUCGAUUCACAGCCGGGCGCCGGUGCAGCCGGCAGGCCGGGCCUUCCCGCGCUGAGCGGUGCGGCGGCUGGGCCGUCCUCCCCGUGACGGUGUCGGCGCUCAGCCACUACUCGUCGUCCACGGCGGGUCCGCUGGACGAGCUGCAGAUCUCUGCCAAAGGCUUCCGCAGCGUCAGACCCAACCUGCAGGACAAAAGGUCCCCAACACAGGAUAUCAAUCAUAUGCCAUUGCCACCCCCCAGAAGAGAGAGUUUCCACUUCUCACCCACGGCCGCUAAUCUACUCGACUACAGCUCCCUCGUUGCCCUGGCUAAUGAUUUCCCCCCUGGGACGCUAACAUUCACGCAGAAUGAGAAGGCCGUUUUGAAAGAGUCCUACACUGCCAGUAGCACGUCCUCUUACUCUCACUCGGGGAGCAAUGCACGCUCCGUCCACCAGGCACAGCGGUCCACGCUCCCGGACGACGUCGGCAGCCGUCGUGCUUCCGCCGCCACUAAUUCACAGGCCCAGGGGCGUAAGGUGUCUUCCCUCAAACUAACCCCGGUCACCAUCGCCGACCCCCCGGCUCACCGCAACUCCCCCCGCCGUGACCCCCGACCUGAGUCCCAGAACACAGGUCCACAAAGGGGCGCUCAGACCUCCGUCCGCUCGGGCCCGGAGGAUCUCAAACGUCCAGAGCGUCGGCCUUCGAACAGCCCAGCGGAGCUCGAGUCCCCGGAUCGAGCCCCGAAUCGGACCCCGUGCCCAGCUGCAGCCCGGGUGGAGGUAACGCAGGCUCCUCCUGCCGUUCCACCGAGACCUCCUCCUGCAGCGCUGUUGAGGCCUCCCUACCCUGACCCGACAGCACGCCACUCCCCCUAUCGCUGCCGCAGCUCAGAGUCACUCGACUCCCUGCCCGGCCUAAUGCCCAAGGCUCUAUCGCCCGCCCCGUACGUUCCCAGCGGCGCCGGUGCAGCCGGCAGGCCGGGCCUUCCCGCGCUGAGCGGUGCGAGCGGCUGGGCGUCGUCCUCCCCCGUGACGGUGUCGGCGCUCAGCCACUACUCGUCGUCCACGGCGGGUCCGCUGGACGAGCUGCAGAUCUGUAGCCUGGACUCGCCCGGCACCUCGGCCACGCCGUCGCCCACCCUCAGCCAUGUCUCUGCCUACACGUCCACUGCUGCAGCCGCCACUGGCCAGGUCCUCUCUCACGCUAUGAAUGGAAGCGCUCCACAGAGGCCCCUCUCUCCUCUGUCCUAUCCGGCUCCGCCCACCUCACUCCACAGCGGGCUCCACAGACAGAGCCGAAGUUCAGCGCCACAGAGGCCCCUCUCUCCUCUGUCCUAUCCGGCUCCGCCCACCUCACUCCACAGCGGGCUCCACAGACAGAGCCGAAGUUCAGAGGGCAGCGAGUCCUUCGCCACAGAGUCCGUGGUGCUGGGCCACGGCAGCCACGGCAGCACGGUGCCCAUCGCUCGCUUCUCCGAGGAGGAGACCAAGGUGUCCGUCAUCAGGGCCCCUCGCUACGAGGGCAUCGGCCCCGUGGACGACUCGGGCAUCCCCAUCGCCGUCCGCACGACCGUGGAUCGGCCCAAGGAUUGGUACAAAACUAUGUUCAAGCAGAUCCACAAGGUUCACAAAGCAGAUGACGACUACUCCGACACAUACAAUGCAACGUACGCGGUCAUAAACAACGACGACUGCAGCCUGUCGCCAAGCGCCACGAUGGCCCACCCGGCCCCCCGGACGCACACGUACAGGCCGCUCGCCAAAAGCCCCUCGGACAACGGAGGGCACCGGGAGCCUCCGCCGUCCCCCGUGCCCCCAGCCCCUCCGCCUAUGCCGUCCCUCCUCCAGCUGAGGGCCAGAGACAGCGAUCGGGAGAGAGACUCGCCCGACACGAACGAAUGGGGUCCUCCCAACAGGAAGGUGGACACGCGGAAGUACCGCGCAGAGCCGAAGAGUAUUUUUGAGUACGAGCCUGGAAAGUCCUCCAUUUUGGAGCACGAAAGACCAACCUAUGACGACAUAGAUUUAGAGAACGAGCCUUGGUAUAAAUUCUUCUCCGAGCUGGAGUUUGGGCGGCCGCCUCCUAAAAAACGGCUGGAUUAUAAUCCAGACAUCUCCGCUCGCCAGCGUAUUGAGACAUCCCUGCACAUCGCUCCCGCCGACAAGGCUCCUGAGAGACCUGCGAGCGCCGCCAGCGACUACCGGAAGAGAAGGAAGUCCGAGCCCGACGGUUCCCAGGCGAACGCCCCGCUUCAGAGCCGAGCGCCGACCUCCCCCAAACCCGCGGAUGCCGACCGACCCGGCAGCAGCCUCAAGAAACCUGCGGUCCGCUCCUCGCCCGCCUCGCCCUCCAGAGCCAAAGGUGGGGACGCAUGCGACAUGUAUUCAACCCGUUUGACCUCCCCAGGUCAAACUCCUCCCCCUCUUUAUCAACGGCCCCAUCUCCCCUCUGACCCCGUCCAUUGCCACGAGGAGGAGGAGGAGGAGGCCGGCGAGGAAGGUAGCUCCUCCUCCGAGCAGCCCGUCGGCCGGCAGAACAGCCGCCCGAGCAAAUGCCCGGACGGCGAGACGUGGAGCGGCGCGGCCGAGGCGCCGGCCGCCCCCGGCAAGCUCAAGUCGCGCAGCUGCGACGACUUGCUCAGCGACGGGCGCCCCGGGUCGGGCGGCGGCGGCGGGCGCGACGCCGCCCGCUCGGAAAGCGCCGGGUCGCUGCUCUGCGACGGGAAUCCCUCGGGUCCCGCCGGAUCCGUCUCCGCCGCUCGCUCGCUGCCGCGCCUCCACCGGCGGCUGGCGCACGAGUCGCCGGGCUUCCUCCAGCUCUACCGCAAGAUGCACCAGAUCGACCGGGCGCUCCUCCUCCCGUCCGAGGUCAUCCGCUCGGUGCGCGCCCGCAUCCUGGAGCUGGAGCGGCAGCCGCACCUGCACCGCCGCCGCCUCUCGCCGUGGGCGCCCUCGUGGGGCCUGGAGGUGCCGCGCGACACGGUGCCGCACCGCAUUUCCGCCUACGAGCACCUCAUCCAGAAGUCCAAGUCCAUGCCCAACUUGGGCGACGCCGAGGCGCCGUCGGGCGUCACCACGCCGGGCGACUCGUCAUCGCGACCCAGCAGCGGCGGCGGCGCCACGCCCAGUUUUCCGAAACGCCGUUUUUCCAUCGAGUCUUUGCUCCAGGACGACAACAACGGCGACGGCGGAGCGGCGCCCCACGCCGCGGAUCCGCGCCGUGGACCUCGCAGCCCGCCCGAGGGUCAGCCCCGCGCCGGGCCGGAGCCGAGCCGCGGGCGCCCCUUUCCCGCUCCCCCCGUGCCUCGCGGCCCUCGCGCCGACCCCGAUUACUCCGACAGCGAACAGGACGCCGUCGCGUCCGACCUCAGCGACUUCGUGCAGGUGGAGGGUUCCUCGCUCUGCAGCGAGAGCGACUUUGACCGCUGCUCGCUGACCUCCUCCGAGAGCUUGUACGGCUCGUCCACCCUUCACCUCCGUCACCACCACCACCACCACCACCAGAGUCUAGGCCAGAGCCAGGGCUACCAACACCGCCACCUCAUCAGCUCCUGCAAGGGCCGCUGCCCGGCCUCGUCCACGCGCUUCACCACCGUGCUCCGCCACGAGAGGGAGCGAGCGCGCCAGCAGCCCCAGAGACCCGCGCAGCCGAGCCGCAGCGGCGGCGGCCAUCCCCAAGUCCAGAACUCGCAGUCCCAGCAAGCGAUGUCCAAGCUGGCCUUCCUGGUCAGCCCAGUGCCUUUCCGCCGGAAAAAGGGCUCCCCGCCGACCUCCAGGAGAAGCGGCGGCAGACCCAAGUCCAAACAGGCCAUUUACGAAGCUCUGGACGCGGCCCUGAGGGACAUAUACGAGCACAUCCAGGCCGAGCGGGGCCAGAGAGGAGCCCGGGCCCCCGACGACGGCAUCCUGAGGAGGAUCCUGUCCGAGCUGCUGCCGGACGUGCCCGAGCGGAGCUCCUCGCUGCGGGGGAGGAGGGGCCGCUGGCCCGGGGGUCAGUCCUCGGCGUCUCUGUACCCGGACGGGAGCCCCGGCGAGUGCGCCUCGCCCGGAGGGGACGCCUCCACGCCGCGGCUACAGUCGCCAGUCGGCGCCUGUUACGGGCGCCACGCCGACGCCUCGAACAAUAACGAAUACGGAGAGGAGCAGGGCAACGGAAACGGUCUCAGUUAUUCAGGUGGAGAGAACGCACAUGGUCCACGCCCACGAUGCAUGCGGCACACCGGUGUAUUCUUUGAUUACACACGCGGUCAUAAACACGGACGCAUCAUCCAUUCACCUCAACGUCUCUUCCGGUGUUCCACAGGAAUCGGUCAGCCGAUGCAUCCAUUACUUUUCUUUUCUGUGUGUGACAUUCAGCAAGAGUGUUUUCUUUGCUAUGGUAACUCCUGUUACCUUUCUCACGUGUCUCUGCUCACCGCAGACCAGGAUGUCUCCAGGUGUUACUCCACUGUGGACGGACGCCACACGCCCCAGAGCCGAAGGCCGACUCCGGACCGUGAGGUCUCCCAUAAACAGAUGACGCAACUUAUUCUGUUCUCUCUCCUCCAUCAGAAACAGCCUGCGAGGGCCAUUUAUGAUUUUAAGGCACAAACCGCGAAGGAGCUGACGUUUAAGAAAGGCGAUGCAGUGAACAUCAUCCGGCAGAUAGACAACAACUGGUACGAAGGAGAGCACCGCGGCCGGGUGGGCAUCUUACCCAUCUCCUAUGUGGAAAGGAUGCCGUCCUCAGAGAAGCAGCAGCCGAUUCGUCCUCCUCCUCCAGCUCAUGUCAGAGAGAUCGGAGAGGGAGUCGCUCGCUACCACUUCAACGCCGAUACCAACGUGGAGCUGUCGCUGAGAAAGGGCGAGAGGGUCGUGGUGAUGCGGCAGGUGGACCAGAACUGGUACGAGGGGAAGAUCCCAGACACGAGCAAGCAGGGCAUCUUUCCCGUGUCGUACAUUGACAUCGUCAAGCGCUCCCCGUCCAAGAGCUCCGCCCACCAUAUAGACCCGCAUGCUUCACGAGCCCGUCGCCGAUUGGUCCAUGAUGCUCUCCACGGUGGAGGAGACCCGUACCAGACCGUGUACAACUACAUGCCCCGCAACGAAGACGAGCUGGAGCUGAAGGAGGGCGACGUCGUGGACGUGAUGGAGAAGUGUGACGAUGGCUGGUUUGUUGGGACCUCUCGACGGAGCAAGUUGUUUGGAACCUUCCCAGGAAACUACGUGAAGCCGCUAUAAUGAUGAUUCCACAACCGCCGGCUCCGCCCCUUUCUGCGACACGUCCUUCGCCCCCCCCCCCCUCAGCACAGCACCCGGCAGGACGCCGCCUCCCGGAGAGACCCGUCGCACGCCUGAGCUGUACGUGUGGCUCGUCGGCUUCACGCGGACACAACCGUUAGCUCUAACUAGCCGUCUCUAAUGGAAGACUUCCUUCCAAUAAUGGUGUUUCUUUUCUUUUUUUAUCUUCUCUUUUUAUCCUUUUUUUUCUAUCACGGAGAACCCAGACUUUGUGCUCCAGUCGGAGACCUUUCACCUUCGACCGGGACGGAAAGCACAUCGAAGGAGCUUUUUUUGCGAAGAGUCAAAUGAUAGAAAACAGGCUUUUCUUUCCUUUAAAGGGCAGUUCGAUCACCUCGCUCACCUCUUUCUCUAAUUAUUUUUAAUUGUCUCACACUUUAAAAAAAACAACACUUGUUACGUUUCAUGUCAGUGUUCAAUUACAAAUAUCCCCAGAGACACGGAGUGCAGAGAAAGUCGUAGAACCAGCGGGUCGUACCCCGACUGAGUCGAAGGGAUGUUUCAGGGAAAAGGAAGUGGAGAAGCAACGUGAGUUGUGGGAAUUUUGGGGAUAUGAAAGCUGAUCACUAAUCAUCACGCAGUCAUUUCAAAUAUUGCAAACGGAGGAAGUGUGUAAAGUAUCAUUGGCCUUCCACCUGCUGUCUAGACCCGACGUCGGAGUCUUUAACGGUUCUUCAUCUUCACACCAGGGUUGAUGCACUUUAGCGAAACGUUGAACACGAUUGUCCUGAUUGUUCUGAUCUCAAGUUUCACUUCAGAUUCGACACGCAGGACGUCACGACCAACGCCUCGGGACGAAGUUCGACGUGCGAAGAGGCGAGCGACCUUUUAGGUAUUAUAUUUAUUCGAGCGACGGUCGGAGCGGCGUCGCGCUUUUUCGAAAUUCAGACGCAUUUCAUCAAACGCUUUGGAGGCGUCUCCUAAAAGCUUCAGAGCGAGCGGUUCGCCGUUUUCACGUCGUACGCGGUUUAUUAUCGGGCCCCUUUUUUAUUUAGUUCGUCGUGCUCGGCGACUACGACGUUUGUGUUUUUAUUUUUCUCAUGUUGUGUGUUUCACAUGGACAACAAAACAAUUGUUAAAGCACCUUAUGAUAUAUAUUUUUGUUUUAUCAUUCACCGUCCUUCACGUCACCCCGUCGUCCACUAAUGCAUUUGGUGUGAGGACACUGUGUGUGUAUGUGUGUGUGUGUGUAUGUGUGUGUGUCUGCUGUGUUUUUGUAAGCCUUUUGUAUGAGAUGAAAAAUGGCCAACAUCCACUUGCUACAUAAAGUCAGCUUUUUCUCACCCAC